CCCGCCCACCGGGACUAACCCCGCCCCCGCCCGCGAGGUUUCAGCAGGUCGGACUCGCCGUUAGCGAGAUGUUUUAGCUGAACGUUAAGGGGUUUGGACCGGUUCGGAGUGGAGAUGACCUCUAAAGACCCGAGCUGGUCGGUGGCGGUCGCGGCGGGUCGGCUCCUGAUGGACCUGAUGCAGUCGGACUGGGAGCCUCUGUCUCACUGCGAGCUGGAGCAGCGUCUGGACCGGGCCGUGGAGGAAAUCCUGGAGGCGGAGCUGAUGUCCGGCGGGCAGGGACCGGGACCGGGACCGGGUGGGUGUGUGUUCACGCAGUUCUCCCGGCAGGAGGAGACGAUCCCACACACGGCAGCACACACUGUGACCUCUCACCCGGCCGCUGAGAUAGAGGAGAACCCCACAGUGCAGUACAUCACGUCUCUUCUACAGAAGCUGAAGUGGGGUCACAGUCAGAGGCGUUUGACGGGGAGAGCUCGCUUGUCCUUGUCCCACACGGUGUUCCUGUCUCUCACGCUGCUCUCCACUCGUCUCAGCUAUCGCUCCGUGUCCUCCACCUUCCGCCUGGAGAAAGGGAACAUCCACCGCAUCUUCUUCUCCUUCUGCCACAGAGUCAACACACUGCAGGCUCACAUCAUCCGCUGGCCCACCGGUCAGGAGGCGUCGGACCUCCUGCUCACCUUCUCCAGCUGGCCGGGUUGGGAUGAGAAGCUCGAGCAGAAGGGUCUCCCUAAAGUGUUGGGCGUGUUGGGCCACACCUGCAUCCCGAUCCGCCUUCCCGCCAGCAAGCGGGACUCGGAGCGCGGUGCUCCGCACGCCAAGCGGCUCAGGAAGCAGCCUCACCCGGACUCGUGGUUAAACCUGGAGCUGGCGUGCGACGCAGAAGGUCGCUUCAUCCACUGCAGCGUCAGCCGAGGUUCUCAGAGGAACCGAGGCGGCGCUCUGAGUCAGAGACUAGCGCAGCACCCGGAGCUCCUCCCUCCCGGAACCUGCCUGCUAGCCGGAGCGGGAUACCCCCUCACGCAGCACAUCCUCACCCCGUUCCGUCCCGCACAGAACCCGCAGGAGAACCUCUACAACACAGCGGUGGAGACGCACCUGAGGAGGCUGGAGCAGGCCGUGGCCGACCUGAAGGAGCGCUUCGGAAGACUCCUCUAUCUGGACAUGGGGAAGAGCGAGCGGGCCGGAGCCGUGGUGCUGACCUGCUGCAUACUUCAUAACGCACUGCUCCACGCCGGCCACGUCAUCAAGGGGCAGGUGGGGAACCACACCGGGGCAGACGUGGAGGAGGAGGAGGAGGAGGGAACGAAAGAUGAAGCUGGAGUCAGACUGAGAGAAACGGUCGCUAAUCUGCUGUACGGUGCCGUGGAGUCGGAGUAACGUGAGGGGGAAAAACCUGAGUUGAUGAUAUUUUUAUUUAAUGUCUACAAAAGUAAACAACAGAAAACCGCAAUAAAUUUAAAAACACACAAUAA